GGCGAAGGCUUGAUUUGGUAAAUGUAGAUGAUUGGAGAAGAGCUGUAAACAAUACUCGAAAUCCAAAAAGUUAAAACUUGUUGCUGAGAAACUUAUUGUUUCGAGUUGUUCCAAAUUCAUCAGCCUUUUGUUUCGUUCUCUUUCAUACACCUAUAAAUACGUCCUGCCUCCUUCUCUUUUUCCCUCUCUCUCUCUCUCUCUCUCAUUUUACAACGACAUUGCUUUCGCGCUCUCACCCGUACUCUUACACCCUCAUCCCCUCACAGAUCAUAACUUUUUGCUUUCUUAAAGGUAAACUAUCUCUACUCUAACAACUUCAGCUUCAAUCUUUAGCCGCUUAAACCAACAUUGCUUGCACUGUUUUACACUAUACUUUCUCUAGAUGGGUAUUAAAGGACUCUAUUCAUACCUUUCAAGGAGAGACCUGCCACCAAAGGAGAUUGAUGUACAUGAGCUUGCUGCUGAACCCCAUUCAUCUUUUGAGCUGGAUCUGCUUGGCACUUUCCACAGCGAUAUACAUAAUAUCAUCCUAAGGAGAUUCAGCUGGCAGAGUUCUUUCACUGCCUGCGGCCAUGCUAUGGCUAGUAUCAUUCGAAAGAUCUUUGGUCCUCUUGCCACAGUGACGAUACACAUUGAUGGGCCUCGCUGCGAAGAAAAAACGCGUGCCUAUAGGGACCGAGAUGCUAAGCGUACAGCAGCGGAUGCAAAACUCGAUACGCUCAUAGCCAACAUGGAAACCAAGUCCAAUGAAGGCAAAUGGGAAUCUCGAAGCCAUAUGAUUGCCAUUAAAAAGAAUCUUCGACAGCUCUUCACAUUCAGUCAUAACGAGAAGAGGGAGCUCGCGGCGCCAUUCGGUCGAUACAAUAACUUUGUGAUUUGCCAUUGUAGAAAUGAGGCUGAUGUGUGUAUUGCCGCCAAAUGUACACCAACCAGUAUCGCUGUGUCUGGGGACUCUGACCUUCUCAUCUAUCCUUCUAUAAAAAGAGUUCUUCGUCCAAUCCCUCGUCGCCAUCACAUGUUUGCACUCUAUGAGAAACAAGAGGUCCUGCAAGCCCUUGGGUUUUCAAGGAACAGUCAACUCCUGGUCUAUGGCAUUAUAUCCGAUAACGAUUACACCCCAAAUAUCCCAACCUUUGGUCUUGCUACAAAUGCUGAGAUUAUCUCCGCGCUCACUGACACUGAUGCCGAAAAGUUGACGGUAUCAUAUGUUCGUGAGGUCCAUGCCCGUAGCCGUCGAACUCCUGCAGAAGGCCAGUUUGACCAUUCAAUUAAUGUUUUCUUUGGUGGGAUCCAAACCCAGGCCUCGCAGCAACCAACCGCUGAAAGAUUCCUUCAUUACCAUGAUAGAAUGAGGACUGCGAUAUCUGCUAGGUACCAGAAUAAAAAUAAUCAACCUCAACCCAGGUAAGCUCCUUCAAAUGAACAUUUUCCAAAGCAUAUACAAAAAAA